UGACGUGAGCGGGCCUGAAGGCGGAAGUCAAAGUAUCAACAACCCCUCCGUCAGUGGGUAUUUUUUUUAGGAGACAGACGAGAGCGUUGUUGAGAUCAAUUUGUGUGUUUUUUUAAACAACUCUAGCUGCCAUGUCUUUGUUUACGAAGAUUUUCGGGAGCGGGGGGAAAGGGGAGAAAGCCCCGAGUCCUCAAGAUGCCAUCCAGAAAUUGCGCGAGACGGAGGAGAUGUUGUCGAAGAAGCAGGAAUUUUUGGAAAAGAAGAUCGAGGCGGAACUGCUCACAGCGAAAAAGAACGGGACGAAAAACAAACGAGCUGCCCUCCAGGCCCUGAAAAGGAAGAAGCGUUAUGAAAAGCAGCUGGCUCAGAUCGAUGGCACUCUGUCCACCAUUGAGUAUCAACGAGAAGCUUUGGAAAAUGCCAACACUAACACAGAAGUGCUCAAGAACAUGGGCUUCGCCGCCAAGGCCAUGAAGAAUGCGCACCAGAACAUGGAUAUUGACAAAGUGGAUGAGCUCAUGCAGGACAUCACAGAACAGCAGGAGCUGGCACAGGAGAUCUCCGAUGCUAUUUCAAAACCAGUCGCCUUUGGAGAUGAGUUUGACGAGGAUGAAUUGCUUGCUGAACUGGAGGAGUUGGAACAGGAGGAACUGGACAAUACAUUGCUGGAAAUUGGUGGCCAACAGAACGUCUCACUUCCCAGCGUGCCUUCAACCUCAUUACCUUCCCAACCAGCCAAGAGCAGAAAGGAAGAGGAUGACGAUGACAUGGAGGAACUGAAGGCUUGGGCAAUGUGAACAAGCCCAAAUAGCCGGAUUGUCUAAUCACUUGCCGUGGUGGACUGAUGUUCAGAGUUGACUUGAACACCGUUCAGAGAGUUAUUGUUGCAGAACCAACUGUAUAGGAAAUUGUAGCUCCGAUUAAUGGCUUAGGUCCAGAAACAAAAAAAAUCCAUGGGGAUUUAAAAGAGGCUAUGAAAACAAAACAAUCAAUCAGACAAAAAUUUUAUCCUGUGAAAUGAUUUGGCUGAUGUUUCAUACGGAAUGUAAUCAUACGGAUGUAAUCAUACGGAACCCACUUAAAGACAUCUACCUCUAUUUGUUUAAUAAACACCUACAAGAAGUGGGAUUCAUGCCAACCCCAUAACCAGUCUGGGAAAGUAUCCUUCAUACCAAUCCACUCAUAACUUUGUGAUUUCACAGUGAUGACAAUGCUUGUGUAUAUACACAAGUGUCACAUCUUUUGCAUGCUUGAUUUGCGAGCCUUUGUUUUGAAGCACCUCCAUUGACUGUUAUUAUACAGGGAAUAGAUUUGGGUCUGAUAAUAUUCUAAGGUUGGUUUCAGAGUGCUAUUGUUUUAGGUGUGUUAUUUAAACAUCCAGAGUUGUUUUUGAUAUAUAUAUAUAUAUAUAUAUAUAUAUAUAUAUAUAUAUAUAUAUAUAUAUUUCUUUUUUAUUAUUCAUUGAUCAUAGAUUCUUACAUCAGGAAAAAUCAUGUAAAAAUCCAUGCAUCGCAAACACCCACAGCCCACGUUUUCUUCAUGAGCCUCUUAACAAAGUGUUGUAUCUUACCUGCAACUAUCCUGCUGAAAUCUCGAAGCACGUCAGUCUGAUGUGUCACAAUUCAUUGGGGUGGAAGGGUUAUAAAAGUUGGAAGCAAACUCUAAGGCUACUUUUCUUUUUCUUUGGAAAGAUCCAUAGGAAUACACCGAUUUACUAUAACUUUUGUAAAGAACCUGCGAUGUAACAGCAAGGUGUGUCAUGUGUACAUUUGUAUGUUUGAGAUUAUCCAGAUGAGACCUUUAUUUGAAAGAUCAUUAAACUGUUCGAUUCUU